AUGGGACUCAAUAAGUUUGUCCUUCUCCUUCUCAUUUCCUUUUCUUUUAUCUCAUCUUUUGUGAUCGGCGGCAAAGAUGAUUCUCCUUCUCCAUCAUCAUACUCGAUUUUGGACUCAAUGUCCUCUGAUGAGGAUUCCCCCUCUCCUACUGCAUCCCCAUCAUCAGCACCAUCUCAAUCUGAAGAUGACGGAUUGCCCUUAUUGUUUCCGACUGAUAAACCAUCUUCCGAUGGUAGUCCUGUGCUGAAGAAGGUAUGCAGCUCAACCGAUCACCCAGAGGAAUGUGUCUCUUCCGUUAGUCUUCUUAAAGAAGGAGAUUCUGACCCUGUUGCAGUUCUGAAAACGGAGAUGGAUGCCCUCCGUCAAGGUUUCAAAAAAGCCAUCGCCCAAGCUACAAAACUGAACAAUGAUCCUUCCGUAUCAGAAGAAGUUAAAGGCUGUUUGGAUACAUGUCUUGAGAUAUAUGACAGUGGGCUUUACGACCUCGAUGAUGCCGCUGAAGCAAUCGCCUCUCACGACGUUGACAAGCUUAAAACAGUCCUUAGUGCAACUGUAUCAGAUAUUGAUACUUGUGAAGAAGCCUUCGAAGAGGAAGGCCUCGAAGGAGACUCCCCAAUGAAGGAGUAUGAUGCUGAGCUGUCAAAACUAGCUAGCAACAAUUUAGCCAUUGCUUCUUCGAUGAUCCGAUAA